AUGCUUGUUUUCUUCUCUCUGGCUGUAAGCCUCCCCUGUGAUCCUUCCACCCUGCCCAGAGGCGUACGAAUUUCACAAAACGGACCGGUGCUUAAGCUCACCUGCGACUCUGGCCUCCAACCCCUCGAGAUGGCCCACUUCACUUCGUCAGCCGGCCUCCUCCUCCCGAUCCCCUCUAAGCGGAAAUUUGCGCGCUACGUUUGCGUAAACGGUGCCUCCUACCAGCGUAUCAAUUCGCAGGGCAUUGAACGCUCCUUCUUCUUUUGCACGGAUGGCCAGAGCAACCUCUGCGAUCCCCUCGAGAACUCAGCAGAGCACGGCCACCUGCAGGUGGAGGGGACAGUGGCCAUAUGGAGAUCGGUGACUGGCUCUCAGCGGAGUGUUCUCUACUGUGCCCACGGAGUCUGGCACCGUCUCGGUGGCGGUCCACUUCCCUACGGUGUGACAGUCAAGUCUCAACAAAAAGAAAAGUUUUUAAGCACUCCAGGCACAACUGCGUCAACAACAGCAGGCGCUAGCAACGGCGAAAUCAUUACUACUAUUUCCGCCACCGUCCCCUUCCCCUCGUCACACCCCACUACCACUCCCGUAAAUUCGAUAGUAGAACUGUUACACCUUCCGAGCCGUCUCCUACCUCCUCCUUCGUCUCCUCCAGCCCACGUCUCGUGCACCACCCCCAAGUCCCAUCUACGCCUGUCAGAAGAAAGCUCACUCGAUCCCAAAUCAGCAGGCCAGCUACAUAUCCCCACAGCAAACAUUAUUUUAUUUGCGGAGAGUGUCUCCCUUGCACUGCACGAUCGGUUUCACAGAUGCGCUCGAAUGGCUCUCUAUUGCAUGAUUUUUAUUGCGACAGGUGCUCUGAUUGCCAGCUUGUUGGUGUUGAUGCUCGUGUGUCGGAGAGCUCGACUAACUGCCAAUGUCGUGCAGGUGCAGGAACGAUUAAAAAACACAAUCGCCAGUGUGUAA